UGACGUCCGUCGUCUAUCCGAUUGUGUUGUAGAUCGCGCUCCUGCCGACGACUCUAAAUACGUGGUAACCGCAAAUUUAAUAUUGCCCCGCGAUACACAAGAUGCAAAACAUCGCUUGAAAUACCCUGCUUAGCAGUUAAAUAUUAAGUGGUAAACGGACCUCACGGGGUGCAACGAAACGCCGUGUUAAGUCACGUGACAAUUCUUUUUUUUUGCGUUCUGAGUGCCGAGAAAACUGAGCACGAUGAGCACUCCCACUUUGGCUGCUCCUCAGCUCCAAACCCACAUCGGUAUCGUGAAACAGGUGCUUUCGGGUGAUUCAAUCAUCAUCCGUGGCCAGCCCAAGGGUGGCCCUCCACCAGAGAAGCCGCUAAUCUUGUCCAACAUCACCGCUCCUAAAUUAGGACGCAGAGCAACUAGCAAUGCCGAUGAAACUAAAGAUGAGCCUUAUGCCUGGGAGGCUCGAGAAUUCCUGCGUAAAAAGCUCAUCGGUCAAGAAGUUAUAUUCACUUUUGAAAGACCUCAGAAUGCUAAGAGAGAAUAUGGAGUCGUUUGGUUGGGAAAAGAUACAACAUCUGGAGAAAAUAUCACCGAAUCGUUGGUAUCGGAAGGUCUAGUUACCGUUCGAAGAGAAGGUGUACGCAACAUCUCACCUGAAUUAACGCGCCUUCAUGAAUUAGAAGAUGCUGCAAAGGCAGCUGGAAAAGGAAAAUGGUCUGGUGCACCUGCGUCUGAACAUAUUCGCGACAUAAAAUGGUCUGUAGAGAAUCCUCACAAUCUGGUCGAUAAACUGGCUGGAAAACCAGUUAAGGCUGUGAUCGAACAUGUGAGGGAUGGUUCGACGGUGCGUGCGUUUUUACUGCCAGACUUUUAUCAUAUAACCUUGAUGAUUUCUGGAAUUCGAUGUCCUGGAUUUAAACUGGAGGAAGGAAAACCUGACCCAUCCGUUGUUGUACCUUUUGCUGAAGAAGCUCGCUACUUUGUGGAAUCUAGACUAUUACAAAAAGACAUCGAAAUCGUGCUGGAAUCUGUCAAUAACAACAAUUUUGUUGGCAGCAUCAUCCACCCAAGAGGAAAUAUCGCUGAAGCACUCCUACGUGAGGGUUUUGCUCGCUGUGUUGAUUGGUCGAUGGCGUUCAUGAAAUCUGGUGCAGAUAAACUGUACCAGGCUGAGAAAUUUGCAAAAGAAAAUAGAUUACGUAUUUGGGAGGAUUAUGUUCCUUCUGGCCCCCAAAUCUCUAGUAAGGAACGAGAGUACAAUGCCACUGUUGUAGAGAUAGUUACAGCUGAAGCAUUGAUUGUUAAAACACCUUGUGGGACGAGCAAAAAAAUCUUUUUGAGCAGUAUUCGACCUCCUAGAGGACCUGUAGGCGAAGAUGGAAAAGCUGCUACCAGGCCAAAAGACUUCCGUAAUCUUUACGACAUUCCAUGGAUGUUCGAAGCUCGUGAAUUUCUACGGAAGAAACUCAUUGGCAAGCAAGUUAAAGUCGUUGUGGACUACAUUCAACCUGCCAGACAAAGCUACCCAGAGAAAAUCUGUUGCACUGUUACCAUUGGUAAAAGCAACGUUGCGGAGACAAUGAUCUCGAAAGGACUAGCAACCGUUUUGAGGAAUAGACAAGAUAGUGAUUACCGAUCAUCGCACUAUAACGAUCUGUUAGCAGCGGAGAACAAAGCUAUUAAAUCGUUAGCUGGGCUGCACGGAAAAGACAAAAUUGUGGCGCAUCGUGUUACGGAUGUAGCUGGAGAUGUUAUCAAGGCCAAACGCUACUUGCCCCACUUGCAACGUUCGCGCAACGAGGCAAUUGUUGAAUUUAUAACCAGUGGUUCUCGACUAAGAUUAUAUUUGGGAAAAGAAUCUUGUUUGAUUACCUUCCUUUUGGCUGGUAUAAACGCACCUCGUGGUCCUCGCUUAGCUCCAGGAGGCACGACUACUGUGGAAGGUGCACCAUAUGGUGAAGAAGCUCUCAAUUUCACUAAAGAACGAUGCCUUCAACGUGACGUGCAGAUUCAAGUUAUUUCAAUGGACACCAAGGGUGGGAAUUUCAUCGGUUGGCUAUGGAUUGAUGGAGUCAAUCUAUCUGUAGCUAUCGUUAAAGCUGGUCUGGCAACAGUUCAUCCUACAGCAGAGCAUACGGAAUAUUAUAGAGAACUGACUACAGCGGAAGAAGCGGCGAAAGAAGCAAAACUCAAUAUCUGGAAAGAUUACGUUGAAGUUGAGGCUGAAAUAGAAGAGCCAGAAGAAGAAGUGCAUACUGCAGAAAGGAAGGUGGACUACCAAAAGGUUGUGGUAACUGAAGUUACCGAAGAUCUGCACUUUUUUGCCCAGAAUGUCGAUCAAGGUGACGUUUUAGAGGGUCUGCUCUCUCGCCUUCGUCAGGAACUGACCGCCAAUCCUCCGCUUCCUGGAGCGUAUAAUCCUAAGCGUGGUGAAAUAGCCGUUGCAAAAUUCACAGAGGACGAUCAGUGGUAUCGUGUUAAAAUAGAAAAGGUCACUGGACCCAACAUCGGUGUCUUUUACAUCGAUUAUGGUAACAGGGAAACAUUAGACGUUACGAGAGUAGCUGCAAUGCCAGGAUCUUUUGGUACUGAUAAACCAUACGCCACAGAAUAUUUAUUGGCAUACGUCACUUUACCUAAUGACAAUGAUUACAAAAAGAUGGCCGUCGAAAUGCUGCAGCAAGAUACGGUCGGGAAGACUUUGCUAUUAAAUAUUGAAUACAAAGUCAACAAUCUGGCUGCCGCUACUAUAGUUGAUGCAACCACUAAAGACGACGUUGCGCGAGGCCUUAUUCUCGAUGGAUUUCUACUGGUGGAAAAUCGGCGUGAAAAAAGGCUUGCCAAAUUCAUUGCAGACUACCAAGCAGCUCAACAAGAGGCAAAGAAAAGUCAUCGCAACAUAUGGGAGUACGGAGACAUAACCGAGGAUGACGCUAGAGAGUUUGGCGUUGGUCGCUAAUAAAACAUCGUUUGUGAACUCGAGGUGACAAAAUAUUAAGAAAGACGAAAGAAGAUGGAUGGACUAGGUGUCAAUGAAAGCUAAGAUAACAUUUUCAUGAAGAUAAAAACAGAAUAAAGUAAUUAAUACAUAACUGGUACAUUAUGUAGGUCUACAAGAAAGCGUGCGUGGCAGUGUAGGAGUUGUGUGUUCCAUCGGUUGUGAUUCAAUCAUAUUUAGAUAUAGGUAUAAGAUGAAAAAUAUAAAUUAUAAAUAGUGUUUCGCAAGCAAACGUGAAUAGCGCUGAAUAGAUGAAGGAAAGAUGAUGGAUAACAAAGGUGGAAUUGAACUCGGCCCAAUAUUUGUAUAAUAAGGUACCCUAUCUAAUGAGACUGUUGCCAUUGACGUAAAGUAUUUUCAAUUUUUAGUCAAUGUCAAACGUGCAUACGUUUUUUGCAUGUCUAUUAUCAAUUCCAUGCCUCAUAUUUUAUGGCACGGCAAUGAUCAUGUUUACACAAAUCUUAUAGAUAUAUAAUAGUAAAACUCACAGCUUCACUUACAACAUCAAAGCAUAACUUUUCGGAAAAGUAUAUGCAUGUAAAAAAUUAUUGAAAUAAUGUAAAACAACCCCAACAAUCAACGCAUGUCCAUCUCUAGAAGUGAAGUCAUUGUGUUUCUUUGUACGUCAUCACCAAGCACGCACCGUUUGACUAUAGGAUUUCGUUUUUUUUACACAAUAUACUAUUGUAUCAUUUUGAAAACACAUUGAAAUGAAAGUGAAACAUUCAUCUCGUGUGAAAAUGUGCGUAUUCUUAAGCGACGUAUCGUGAAAAAAAAUAAUAAGUGUCAAUUCUAUUCCGCACUUCAAUUUAGCAAACAAAAAAAAAAAAAUUAAUUUGCGUUUCAAAACGGAAAAUACUACGAUCAAAGUCCUAUUCCAGUUUGUUUGUGAAUCAGCAUGAAAUGAAUUUAUUCCAGAAACAAUAGAAUGGAAACUCCUUGAGCGAAAAACUUUUGCAAUUUUUUUCAAAGUUUGAAGUUCAAGGGGAGGGCGGAAUUGCAUGCUAGAUGAAUAAUUGAAUGCAAUUUUAGUGAUUCUUUACCAGCAUUCAUUGAAUCUUAUAAUUUAAGAGAUAAUUGAGAUAAAAAAUAGUGGCGGUAUAUUUAUCUAUUUAUCUAAAAAAAUCGAAUUGUAAUAUUGAAUUAGGGAGAAGUAGUAAAUAUCUCUACUCUCCCGAUCCAUGAAAAUACUGUCCCUUUGCAUAAUACUAUACAUUAGUCUAAAAUACUUAUUGUUAUAACAACUCUGUCUAUAAAUACGCUGAACAAAACCUGGGUUAUAGAGGGCACUGUCUACAUAUUACCAAUAAAUUGUUGAAGAGACUUUUUUCUUAAA